CACGAAAUGCCGGUAAAUUAUUAAUUACUUGGUAUACUGUAAUUCGUGGUAGGUUUGUCGGCUCACGUGGGUGAAAUCAGUGGGGACACCUUGAUGAUAUUUUGGUUCGUAGUCGAUGUCACGUAUGAUUUUAGCGCACUUCUUCGCAAAUGCAGUGCUACAAAAUCAUAAUUAUCAGUGACUAAAGAAUAGCGGCCCAAACCGAAACGACCUUUUAACGCAAAAAUGUCCUUGACAGGAACAACUUCGGCUAAUGAGAAGGCUCAAAAAGAAAGGCGCAUAAUUGUAAAAAACGGUUUAUAUAAAAGUAGUGCAAUCAUAAUAAACAGUUACAAAGGAUGGCGUUCGCGUAUAUGUUCCAAGAAAACCUAGUUUCUCAUGUGAGUCUUCAUAGUCAUAUGAAAGCAGUUUCGGUACAUAAAUUCAUCCAGGUAACUGUAAAUCAUGGGAUUUCUCGAUCCAUUAACCGCUCUUAUACAUCUUUUUAGACGACUCCAACAACUUUCAAUGGAACUGGUGUGGGUUCUAUCCAAAGGAUUCCGGAAACCGUCCGUAUGAUUAACAACAUGAUGAAUGUACCCAUGAUUCGAUAAUUGACGGUAUCCUCUCCAUUCAUCUCUAUGAAUAGUCGACCCCGGCAACACCAAACGCUUAUUAAUAGGCACUAAUACUGCUGCACUGCGAUUGGGAAUCGCUUCUAUAUAUACUUUGCGCAGUGUCGUGUCGUAGAUGGACUAUGCUGCCGACUCCUCCGAGAACUUGAGUCAGGGUGUUCAUUUUCUAGGAGGAAACAUCUCUGCAGUAGUUGUACCAUUGCACUGCUGACACCUUUGAAUUUUCUGUUUCAUAAGCUGUAGCUGUGACUGCUCUUUUCAGGACCCAGAAGUUACAGAUCAUUAAAAUUUUCGUCAAAGGUAGUUUAGACCUUGAGAGAAAAAUUCCUAAGGGAUCUGUAAAUAAAAAAACAACGACAAACCUUCUCGAACCGAUUUCCUCUUUCGGCGCUCAAUACAUCUGCAUACAAAGCCAUCAAUGGCCUCUGUGUAUUUUUGUAUAUGCAUAACUCCGCAUUGGCAAAUUUUCGACAAAGCUAUCAGUCCGUUAUCCAAACAGUAAUCGAAAACAUCCAUGAUUACUUCCGCAAAUGAUACAGUCAGCUGAUUCCUUGCUCAAGGUCACUUUUCUGUUCGAAGGUCGUUUCGAUUUGGGCCGCUAUUCUUUAGAGUCACCAUAUUUCAUUCCUUAUGUAACAUGUAUCAAACUGCCAAGAAGCAAGAAGUUGACAAUAGAGGUUUUUUUACACAUCAAAUUCCACUGAAUGAUACCGUCAAGAUCCAAGGUUUCGGAAUAUAAAGACUUUUCGAGUGAUUCUGCAAAUGAAGAUGGCGACUGGUUGUCAACAAGUGCUCUGGCUGUCUCCUUCGUAGAACCAGUCCCAUCUCUACAGAAUAUUCUGCAAAAGAUUGGAAUUAGUUGUCAGAGCACAGGACAUUUUUUCUUUGCCAAAAUGCCUUUCUUAUCUAAUGAUGAUCACAUGUCUAGUUCUAGUAUCUGUAGCACAUUCUGCCCAAAAGCGAUGUCGUUAUUUGGAGGGUUAUCUCAAAUCCCAACAGUUGUUACGUGAGAAGUUAGUACAAGAACUGCGUCAACUAGCAGUAGUUUCAAAUAGAAGUGUCUCAAGUAGUUUGUUGACAUUUUCUAGUUUAUUAUGUCCUUUGCGUACGAAUGCAUCUGAUUCUGAAGUUGACACCCCCGCUGAUGAUGUUUUAGUGUUGUUUGGAUCUCCAGCAACAGUGUUUCAGAUACUUCUGUUCACUCCUUGCCUAUCUUCUGACAUAACAAAAUUAGUACUGGAGUUGGUUUCUAAUCAGUCACUGUAUUCAGAGCAACUUCUUGAACAGUUUCAACAACCUGUGGGUCUUAGUUCAUUAUUUAGCUGCAAACAAGUCUUCUCAGACGUAUCUACACGUCUCUUAGAAGUAUUUCAAAUUAUUGAAGAACCACGGAUUCGAAUAAAAAUUCUAAGAAUUCUUCCUGAUCUCGCGUCCUCAUCUUCCUCAUCCGGAUGGAUUCUCAGCGAUGAAGAUAGAUCUUUACUUGUUUUGCAACUUGUCAAUCUCGUCGACUCGAUAUGUCUUGAAAAUCAUUGUGAUUCGACAAAAGAUUCUGAUCCUGUUGUUUGCCUUAUUGAAUGCUUGACAUACUUUUUUGUACAAGGAGAGCUAAAAGAUCGGCUCUAUAUUGCGUUGUUUAAUCUUCUCGAUCGAUGUAUUGGACUUGACUCCUACUUCUAUUAUCUUCCUGUUAUAACUCGUUGUCUUUUGAUUAAUGGACCAGCUGUACCACAAUCACCAAUUGAAUUAUCCAAACUUGUAUCACGCCUACGUUCUGUCUUUAGUUUCGCCAAAUCGAAUUCAAUCAAUUCGGCAGUUUCAAUUAAUUCCUCUCUUGUUGACGUUUUGCGAGUCGCAUUUCAGUUAAAUCGCAGUGUAUUGUCCGAAUGGGUGCGUAUAAUUGGCUUACCUAACUCCAUGCCAGAUUCCUUGUGUCAAAGUGUGGUUGAUGGUCACAACCAAUUUGUACAAGACUUUAUUGUUCUUUGCAUAUCUGUAAGCAUACCAUCAAUAUCAGCUUCCGAAAAGGGUAACAUAAAAGCAGUUUCGGAUGGAUCUUUAUUCAAAAGAGUUUACAAUCCCGAUUCUUAUCACAACAAGCGCUUGCGAAAUGAAAUUAUUUCUAAUGUGCGUCGUCUUUUAAUAGCUGGGAAGCUGUUUUCAUUUGGUAGCAUGCAUUGUGAUAUCGAUACGUUUUUAGCGGAUUAUGGCGAGCUUCUAAUUUCUGGAGAUACUCGUUUGUUCUCAUCAUUUUCAUUUAUUCUAAACCAACUUAUCAUGUCAGGAAGUUGUGUUGCUACUCGUUUCAAAUAUCUAACCAGGUAUAUUGGCUUAUGUUUGUACAUGAAAGUUUUCAACAGUUCCAAGAGUGACUACUCUCUGAGACAGGAAAUCAUAAGCAACCUUAUACAUCAUUAUUUGACAGGUAUCAAUAGCUUGUUGAUAAGAAGCGCCAAUCGUUUUCACAUGGAAGCUAUCAUGAAAGCUAUUCUGAUAACGAUAUUACGUUUAGCUCAAUCGAACGCUCGGGAAUUGGGAGUGUACGAGGCAAAUCUACGUACUCUCCAGAACCAAAUUGAUUUUUCAGGGGCGUCUUGUGAUUCAGGUGAAACUCGUUUUCAACAUUCGCGUAUGCUUCAUGGUUAUCAGUCAGGAAUUUUAAAUGACAAGCAGUACAUAAGGCAUAUAUUUUCUAUACUUGCUUGUGUAGCAUUUGGAAGCAAAGAACAUCGGAAGCAGCAAGACGAUCUGUUGUCAUUCAUCCGCAAACUGCUUUCAAGCGAAUCAUUAUUUUCCAAAUGUGUUGGCAUAAUUGGUGCAGUUGUGCUUAUCGAGGUAAUUUGCAGGCGUGAUAAUUCAUCAAGAAAUGAAGAAUGCCCCUUAAAUACUGCCUGUCCUGAAGAUGAAGAUGAUUACAUUUUACUAGCUUCCCAGCUGGCUCACAUCGAUAAUGAUCAGAGUAGUACGUUCUCUGCAAAUGUUAGUCGAAGCAGUAAUGCUAGUUCUUUGAGUUUAAAAGGUCCAGGAACAGGGUUUGCUGAUGAUCCUAAUGAAAUCAAUUUACUGGCUGGUGACAGUGAAGAAGAUAGAACCACUGACAUUUCAACUCACCGUCCACAAUUUGCAACUCCACCUACUCGUCUUUUGUUACAAUUGGUGGGAUUGGUCGAGCAUGCAAUCCAUUCGCAAUUUCAGUUGACAGUUUUCUGGCUGGAUGAACUGGCAUUCUGUUUUAAUCGAAUAACACAGUUUAGUGGUAAAAAUAAGGCGAUUCAGUUUGUUCUGGAUAGUACCUCACCAAGUGUGUUACAGUUUUCCGAAGAGGCGAAGAAUUUUAUCGUUUGGAUGGGUACUCGAGUCAUGCGCGAUUUUCAGGAUGAUUUUGUGUUGGACAAUGCUUCUACAGAAAACUUUACAACCCAGUUCUCACUACAUAAUCCUCGUCUUUGCGAAAUUGCAAUUGCACUUGGACCUACGUGGAACAAAUACUUAUCAGCUGACUCGCAUUCGCUAAAUGGUGGGAAUUCUUCAGGGCGAAAAUCAAACCGUGUUGCAAAUCCUCUAUUAUUGCCUGCUUAUUUGAAUUUGCUAGCAAUUUCUGAAGCUGUUCAGCAUGAUGGAAAUCUAAAUACCAUCGAUGCUCUCUUAGGUUGUCCGCUUUUGUUGCCAACUGAAUUCGCUGAUACUAGAUUUACUAAAUUACUUUUAGGAGACAACGUGGUCAGCAUCAAACAGCCUCAUUUACUUAUGAUCAUAAUUAAUUGGUUUAUAGAAACUAUAAAUGUUUUCGCUCCUAAAUUACCGUGUGUUGAUUCAUCCAAUUCACAAACGUUUUCUCUCGGAGCAAUUUCAUCAGCCAAUAUGUCUAAUGCAAAUCGAAUACAUUAUUUAUCAAUUCUCCUACGUUUUACUCAGAUCGCGAAACUCCGCUACAGCCUCUAUAGUUAUUUAGCAUCUGUGUUUGAUACGAAUAAUGUGCAACAGCAGGAUGCAGAUGUCGAUACUGAAACUGAAGUUCGUAGAACACAGGUUAGUGUUGCUCCAGUAAACAAGUCUGGAUUAUCGUGGUCUGAUUUACGUCUUCCUACAGCUAGUUUCCAGCCGGCAAUGUGUUAUUCAAGUGUACCAUCGACAUCCUAUGGUAAUGGAUCCGGUCAACCUUUUGUCACUUGUGGUGUUCAUCUGCAGUCAUUUCUUUCUAAUGAUGGAGAUUGUUUAUUCGCCCGAAAAAGGACUGGAACUAGCUCAAAAUUCAGUAGUUGUGCGAACAGGAAUACGUCGCGUGCUGUUGAUGUAGGUGCGAAAAAACGUAAGAAAAUAUUGGAUACCAAAGGAACAUGUGAGAAUCGAGACAGCUAUGCAUCUGAACUAAGCGAUUCAUCAGUCUCUCAAAACGACUCUAACAUUACUCAGCGUACUGAUUCACAAGUUUCCCAAGUGUGCAAAACUGGUGGCAAAAAGUCUGCGCGUACAAAGUUAUCGAAAAUGGCUUUAGUUGGCACUAGAAAAGGCAGAAAAUCCAGCAAACAUUGUGUCACGCCAAAUUUGUUGGAGCUGACUACGUGCUUUCGCGAAUUGGAUCUUAGUGCCCUUGUUCUAGGCCUUGAAUCUUGGCCAUGGUCGGUUACAGUCAGUAAUGUCGAGGUUUCAAAAUCAGCUGCUUCUCUCGACUGGAUCACCUUAACUUGGCUUCUAGAAGAAAUAAGCAUUCGUUUAGAUGUUAUCACUGAGGUCUCUCCACCACUGGCUUUCGGAUGGAAUGCGUUUGAACGUCUUCGUAAUCUUUCCGAAUUUGUGAAGCUCAGUUAUCUUUCCUCUUUAGUACCCUGCAUUUUCAGUGCAUUGAUUCGUGCAGUGGAUUAUUUAACAGGUGGAACAAAGCACACAGAUGAUAGUGAAAGCAGUUUGGAUGAUCUAAUUUGUCCAUGUGACUCAUCCAUAGAAGAAGUUGAGUUACGAAAAACUGUAGCCUCCAUUAAACCAGAAUCCAAUCCGCCUCUUCUUGAAGUAGCCAGCUCAUCUGAUGACGAUGAUGUUGUUGACGAUAGCCUAGCGUUUGGCACGAGAUAUCAGGUUUCAUCCGUCGUGUGUUCGUGUCUGCGUUCUCUGUUGAUCUUGGUAAAUGGAUUAACAAGGCUUUCCUCAAAUAUUGAUCACUAUUUGUUUUACAGUAACGGUUUAGAGGUUUUAAAUUCUAUGAGUAUAUUUUCCUAUAACAUUAUACACACAUUAGCGAAGUGUUGUAAUUCCGGAAAUGCUAUUAAGCCUAUUCGUACAAUUGUGGUCAAUGAAGACGGUGUAAUUAAUUAUAACUAUUGUGAAUCUGUUGUUUUUCCUCAAAACGAAUCAUCACAAAAUGCAUCAUUCGUGAAGCAGAUGGAUGACUUGUCUACGAGGUAUUUUGUUGAUGUCUUUAUUGACACUGAUGAUCUAUCAACUGCUCAAAAAGAAAUCAGUGAUUUUCAAAAUAUCAAUUAUAUCAGCUUAUCGCAAAACCUGCGCACUAUCAUAGAAUAUCUGAUGAGAAAUAUUCCACCUUCGAAAUUACCUCAUGCAAACGCAGCUCUUCUUCAUUGUCGUCUUGUAUUUUAUCUAACUUCUUUGUAUUAUGCAUGUCAAAAGAAGUUGCGUACCUCAAGUCCAUCUGAUACAAAUAUACGCUGGGUACCGAACUUACUCCAAUAUACUAGUGAAUUAUUAAAUCAAGAUUGGGACACUUCCAUCAAAUGGAAAGGUAUCACUCAUAAAGAGUGUCUUCAGUCUUUACUAUCGUUCCAUUUCCGUUGUGAAGUUUACCUCUCUGAAGAACAGCAUUCUUUAGAUCGUUCAACUGACUUACUUGUCGAUUUCACCCGGGAAUUUCUACUCCGCGCAUUUAAGCGUUGUGAGAAUGUUGACAGUGCGAGUACUUCAAAUAUCAGGUCGGAAUUCCUACUUCAUUCCUAUAAAAGUUUAAAUAGCGAAACAAUGGACCUAUGUUGCCGAGGCGUGAUGGAGACUGUAGUGUGGAUUUCAAAACGUUUAUGUAACUUUACUAAACUUGUAAAUAGUGGAGCUAGUUCAGUUUAUAUCAAUGAAAGUUCCAUUGUCGCUCGUUGGAAUCAGUGUGUUGAAGUACUGUGCUGUAUUACAAAUCUCUUUCAAACGCCCACAGGUCAUGGGGUUUCGAAUUCAUCCAAGAUAACUGAAACUAAUAAGCGUAAUCCAAUAAUUCACAUACUGCCGUCAUUGAUGCGAACCGGACGUUUGUUUCUUCAAUCCCUAUUAACAGGUGCUAUGCCUUUAUUAACUAGUUUAUUCAGACGUCGAGGUGUGGAGGUGACGACUUUCUUGAAGAAUACACAACAGUUGACUCGUUUCCUACAACGGAUAUGUAAUCACGCCAAAGCGUACCGUGAUUCUCAAUUAACUAAUCAAAUUCCAGCAACAAGACGGUGUUUGGAGACGUUUGUUUAUAAGGUCAAGAUUAUGCUUUCGCAAAACCGUUGUCUUGAAGCAUUUUGGUUUGGAACAUUGAAAAAUCGAGAUAUCCAUGGUGUUGAACUUUUGGAUGAUUCUUUUGGAAGUGAUAGUGAAAAACCCAGCACCACUUACCAGACUGAUUCAUGCUCUGUUACAUAUUCAGAGACGUCUGCAGUCGAGGAGAACCUCAACUCCACGUCAUCCAAAGCAGCAAAAAGCUCUACUUCCAGUAAGAAACGAGUGAGCCACUGUUUAACCGACAUAGACAAAGAAAAUCGGUUAAAAACGUUUGUUGACCAAAUGGACCAAGAGGAGAUAUCGAUGAUGAUGAUGAUGAUGACGACGACGACGAUGAUGUUUCGGAUUCGUCCGAUGAAGAGUAUUGAAUUGUUGUACUUAGAUUUUCUAAAUAUCAGAAAGGUUAAACUCUUAUUAGUAACAGACAGUCCGGAUCUGGAUCUUAUAUUAUAUAUUAUCAUAAUGAAAGUAGUAAUUGCAUGCAAAUAAACUCAUAUGAAUAUUCUGUUUUUAUAGGUGAUUAUUGAAAUUGCCUGAUAUGCAUUUUGUGGUCAAUGUUGGGGUUGAAAAUAUCAAAAUCAUGAAUCUUGCAAUGUG